UGUUCAGGAAGUGAUAAGUCCGCUGCAUUCCUGCAGUACCAGGCCAGCCGGUCGGCCGGCUGGUGGUACGUAUCGGUAUGAUCAGUGAUCCGUGCCCGGCCCCUGCGCCGCGGGUCAUGAGGUCGAAGUACAUCCUUUGUAUCUAGCUGCCAACAUAAGAGCUUGUCAAUUUAGGUAGUGUGAGCUGAUAUUAAGCAGAGAUUAGUGGUUCCCACAUUAAUACACCAUAUAAAUGUUGGGGAAAAUGGCCGGUACCAAAGCCAGCGACUUUGAUUUCGAUGUUUGCAUGCCGACGUAUGACUAUGUUUUUCAACCUGAUGUGUUGAGAAACAAGGUUGCUUUCAUCACAGGUGGUGGAUCAGGGAUCUGUUUCACCAUUGCUGAAGUUUUCAUGAGGCACAAGUGCCAAACCGUCAUUGCAAGCAGGAAUCUUCAGCGGGUUCAAGUGGCUGCUAAAAAACUGGAAGAAGCUACUGGCGUGCAAUGUCUGGCACUGCAGCUCGAUGUCAGGAAGCCUCAAGAUGUGAUGCGAGGUGUAGACGCAGCAGUGGACCACUUUGGACAGAUUGACAUUCUUGUCAAUGGUGCUGCAGGGAAUUUCCUCGUCCCUGCCAGCGGCCUGUCCUACAACGGCUUCAAGACAGUGAUGGAGAUUGACACUAUGGGAACGUACAACACCUCCAAGGCUGUCUACGAUAAGUACAUGAGUAAACAUGGCGGUGUUAUUAUAAACAUCAGCGCGACACUCGCCUACAGGGGUCAGCUCUUUCAGUUACAUGCAGCGGCUGCCAAGGCAGCUGUUGACUCCAUGACGAAGACACUGUGCAAUGAGUGGGGACCUCAGGGCAUCCGUGUGGUGGGCAUAGCUCCAGGACCUAUUGCUGAUACCGAGGGCAUGAGAAGGCUGGGUGGUGGUGCAAUGGGCAAGCAAGGGUUGGACCAGCUAGCACAGAACCUUCCCCUUCAGCGGGUGGGAACGAAACGCGACAUUGCCGAAUGCGCCGUCUUUGUGGCCAGCCCAGCCGCCAGCUACAUCUCGGGGCAUACCAUGGUCGUGGACGGGGGGAGCUGGAUGACUGACGACAACAAUCUCGAGGCUAUGGGGAAAAGAUUUAUGGCUAGUGCCAAAUUGUAAAACUGAUCCUGAGAAUUAAAAUCCCACAGUACUAUAAAAUUCCCUGUACUGGGGUCUCGGAUAGAUUUUAAAGAUGGCUGAAUAAAAAUGUGGAAUGAACGGACGAUUUGAACAAAAUUUGGACUUAUAAAGUUUGAAAGAUAAGAAUCGUUUUGAUGUAUUACUACUUUGAAUAAGGCAGGAUUUGAAUGUCAAUCAUUAAAACACUGAAAAUUAUAUUGUACUUAAGAAGGUUUUGAGUGAGUCUACAUAUGGCAAUUCUUAGCUGAGGGUGACUACAGGACUGAUAAUUGAAAAAUCAAUCAGUCAUAACAUGAAGGCUUGGAAGUUUUCACAUGUGUGAUGUGGUAUGUCAAAAUCAGGCAGAAUUAUGGGCAGAGCUGCAGAAUGACAUGGGGGUGAUUUUCAGCGAUUUUGAGAUUUUCUAUAAAUUUGUGAUGCUACUACUGUUUAAAAUGUUCUGUGAAAGUUUCAAAGUAAAAUUUAGACAGUGUUUUUUAAAACACCUUCAGGGAGGCAUGUCAUGCCACAAAAUGAUGCUUUGUUCAAGGCUUUGUUCUGAAAAUGAUGCAAAAUUAGCGUGACAUUUCGAGAAGUUCAAUUUUAAAAUGUAAUAACGUUGCUUUGGAAUAUCCAAUUUAAAAAAACAAAGCCGCGUUUGAAAGAGCAUGGUCUAUAUUUUACUGAUAUUGCAAUAACUCAAAUUGACUUCUUGCCCAAAAGUGCCUGAUUUUGACGUACCACGUCUCAUAUCUUAAAAUGCACUAAUUAAGAAUUUGAAUUAUUGUUUUUUAUUGGAAAGGCUAUUUACAUAUAGUCAUUUGCAUCUUGGAAUGACAAAGUGGAAUAUCAUUUGAAGCUGAUGUAUUUAAAUUUAUUUUUUUAUAAAUUAAACCAUAAUAUGUAUAUUGGAUAAAUUAAGUAUGAACAUUAUUCAGGUCUAGAUAAAUGAUUACUGAAUUGCCGAAUUGUUUUUCUAACUCUGAGAAAUCGUACUGAGACUGUCUGCAUCAAAAAAUUGCAUCAUUUUAUAAAUGAUAUUUUAUAAAUUUGCAGAUUUGGCUCAUUUAAAUAUAUCUUUUAAGUUUGUUUUUAUAAAUGUACUAUUUGAACAUUCCAAUGAAACGUGUGUAUAUUUGGGGUCAGUAAAUUUGAAUCUUUUUUUUUGUUAGCAGUAGAAGUAGUCUGAGUA